GGAACUUCCGCGCAUGCGCAGUUCGGUCCAUGUCUGGAGAGGAGACUUUAAACCAUCACAUUUCAGUAAAUACGGUGUAUGGAGGAUCUGAAAAAAUCACUGAUGCCGCUGUUUGGAAGUACGUUCAGUCCGAAGAAGACGCCGCCGCGCAAAUCUGCAUCUCUGUCCAGCCUUCAUACGUUGGAUCGAUCAACAAGAGAAAUAGAGCUUGGUCUUGAAUAUGGACCACCUGCAAUGACCAUAGGAGGCCAGAGCUGGAGGUUUGAAGACGGACAGUGGAUAACAGAAUCUGGAGGAAAUGCUUCUAGUAGGGAGGUGCACCGGCUUAAGAAAAAAAAUUUACAACUGGAGGAAGAAAAUAACCUCCUGAAAGCAAAGAUUGAAGUUCUGAUGGACAUGUUGACUGAAACCACGGUGGAGUACCACCUGAUGGAGAAAGAAAUCGAAGAUAUGAAAACUCAGCAUCGAAGAAAAAAAUAAGGGUAUAGCCUAGUUAGAUUAAAUUAAAUUAAAAAGUUUUGCUGAAUUGCCUUUUUUUAUUUUAUUUAGAAAUAGUUUUAAUGAUGUACAUACUUUUUUUUCUUUUAAACUUUUCCUUCAUUCCUUUAGGCAUUUUUUUUUCUCACAUGAGGAAUUCAGCUUUUAACAGCCAAUGUGGCUGCAGUGUACUGGAUUCACUCUUUUCCUGUUUAUGUUCUGUAUCCCAUUUGUUAUAUCACUUUUUUGUAUCUGAGAUGUUUAUUUUAAUAUGCAAACUAUUUUUAUGCACCUUCAAUCUCUUUUCAAACUCAUUUAUUGUUCUCAUUUCAUUUUUUUCUAUGUAUAAAUUAAAAAAGUUGGACAGACA